GGGGCGGGGCCUGCGUCUCUGGCUUGUCGUCACUUCCGGUUCUCUGUCAGUCGCGAGCGAGCGAGCAGGGGGCUGUUCGGCUGCAAGAGCGGAGCAAUGCCUAAAUCAAAGGAACUUGUUUCUUCAAGCUCAUCUGGCAGUGAUUCUGAUAGUGAAGUCGACAAAAAGUUGAAGAGGAAAAAGCAAGUUGCUCCAGAAAAACCUGUAAAGAAACAAAAGACUGGUGAGACUUCAAGAGCCCUAUCGUCCUCCAAGCAGAGCAGCAGCAGCAGAGAUGAUAACAUGUUUCAGAUUGGGAAAAUGAGGUACGUCAGUGUUCGGGACUUUAAAGGCAAAGUUCUAAUUGAUAUUAGAGAAUAUUGGAUGGAUCAGGAAGGUGAAAUGAAACCAGGAAGAAAAGGUAUUUCUUUAAAUCCUGAGCAGUGGAGCCAGCUGAAGGAACAGAUUUCUGACAUCGAUGAUGCAGUAAGAAAACUGUAAAAUCAGAGCCAUAUAAAACCUGUACUGGUCUAGUUGUUUUCAAUCUGUCUUUUUACAUUGGCUUUUAUUUUCUAACUGUUGUUUUUCAGGCUAUUGUAUAUUUGGAUUGCAGAACAAUUUGUAAGAUGAAAACUUUUUUUUAAUGUGCAUUAUUAAAAAUGUUCUGAGUGAAGCUAAUUGUCAACUUCAUUAAGGAGGAUUGCUUUGUGCCCACCACCUAGUGUAAAAUAAAAUCAAGUAAUACAAUCUUAACUGUUGUGGCCUUUUUUGAUCAGAAGAGUUGGUACUGUUUAAGGCCUAGGUCACAGUUUGUAAACCUGUUAGUUUCAACUCAGCUUUUCAGUGAAGAAGGAUUUGUAUUGUAUUAAACUUAUAAAAUCUUGAUUUGGGGAAUCAUCUGUUUUCUUCCAACCAAAUGCCUAGACUUGUUUGACUUUUCCACUCCAAUAUUUCAUCCCCGCCCCCUUUUUUUACUUCAUUUUCCUUUACUAACUUACCUUUCCAUGUAUAGUUUUUACUCUUCCUUGAAUAUGUUAUGCUAGUUUGCAAAUGUCAGUGAAACUGUCAAAAUGUUAGUUAUCUCAGUAAGGCACUUGUAAUUAAAAUAUGGGAACUGCAAUCACUAAUGCUGAUGUACUAAAUAUUAGGAAAUGUAGUUUGAUGAACAACAUGGCUUGUAUGAAAACUGAGCAAAUGUAUGUCAUUACUGAUAGUGUUCUGUGUAGGUGUUAUCUUAUUGUUCAGUCUGCAGAAAAUAAUGACUAAAUGUCUGAUUUGCUUUUUCUUAUUAAACACGUUCAUCAUGGGAUGGUGUCCGUAAGAUGAGAUAUUGUUAAAUUAGACUAGGAUUUAAUAAAAAUUGUGAAAGCUUCCUCACCUAACAUUUUGUUUUAUAACAUGAAGUAUGGAUUAUAUAUAGUCAGAUGUCAUUGAGCUUUACUAUCAUAGUAGGUAAUGUGGUCUUUUUUUUUUUUUUGGUGGGUUGGGGGGAAGAGCAUAUACUUGUAGUUUUUGACCUUUGCUUCAGUAGACUUGGUUAUCUUGCAGUUAAUCUACUGGACAAUGGUAUUCUAGACUUGAUAUUAUGAAGUUUUAGCAGACACACUUAAGUUAUUUUCAUUUAACAAUAAUGAUGAAACAGGCACAGAGUGAUGUGGCACAGAUUUCAGGGGCUUUGCAGCAAUAAAUAGGGCAUGGGUGCCUUAGGAAAAGAAUAUUUGUAAAGGGAACUAUAAAAUUAGAGAAGGUGGCAGUGAAGAGGAAAGAAUUCUCUUCAAACUUAAAUGAUAUACACAAAGUGAUACUUUUAUAAAUAUUUUGAAAUUUUGAUCACAUUGGUAGGAAGCAGUUCUAGAUAGAAUAGUAAAAGUUUAAAUAUGUAAAAAAAUUCUUGUUGACAAAUUAUUUUUGGUAGCAAAUCUCAAAUGGUUACUGCCAGUAAGGGCUGCCAUAUGAGAGAGUUGCACUAUUCUGCUACCAAGUUUGAUUCCUACAUCUAAAACACUUUGUAGUAGAAUUGUCAGGGACUUGAUUUCAAAACCAUCUGUCAGGCCACGUAUAGUUACCAAUUUUCUUUCUAGCAGCUAUUCUGUUUAGAUACGAUGUUUUAUAUUUUCUAGAUGACUUUUUAAGUAUUUAGCAGCAACCCUAAUAGGUGCAUAAUUGGGCAAAUAAAUCCUCUGUCCUAAUAUAUUAGCCUUCAUCAAAUAAUAGUACCAAAGUGUUCAAAAUGUAUAUUUUAGACAAAUCAUGCUUAGUUGAUAACUUACUUUCACUUAUUUGGGAACACGUAUGUGUCCUAUUAAUUGGGUAGAUUUGUAAGGCAUUUUUUAUUUUUGGCAUACAGGAAGGGUAGUUAAAACACAAGUUUGAUUUUGGUACAGGUGAAGAGGAAAUAAUGGGUAAAUUUCCUAGGUUUAUGUGCAUUUAGGGAUGUAUGCAUUUUAAAAUAACUUGCUCAUACAGAGAUGGUGCUGAAAUCUAUUAUCAAAGUAUUUUCUAGCCAUUUAGCUUUAUGUUAAUAAAACCUUUAUGUAAGGAGUGUUUCUUUGGCAGAAUUUGAUAAAUUGACUGCUAAAUUCAUUUAAAUAUAUGACUGGAUAUACAAUAUAUACAAAACCUUUUGUGUGUGUGUAUGGGUAUAGGAAAAGAUGAGAACUGGGUUAAAAAAGAAAUUGUACUGAAAAGAAAAGAUGAAGUACUUUUGUUUUCUGUUUGAAUGUUUAUCUUCUUGGUAAAAUUUCUCCCAAGAAGAAAGCUUGGCAUUUUGAAGUAUAAGUAUUAAUCUUGUAACACCAAAACAAAUUGAACUGGUGCCAGUACUCUGAUUUUGCCCUUUAAUAUGCUCAGUAGCAGGGCUUUUCCUCUUUGUCUUUUAAAGUAUGGGCAGCAUUUGGCCAAUUUCUAAUGCUCUUGGCAUUUUGUUGAAAGAAAAAUUGCUAAAAAAGAACAGCUUUUUAUAAUUUGAUUAUUCUUUUUUGCUUCAUAAAUGCCUAAGAACUUCUUCUGAAGAAUACCUCCUACCUCAUUAGCUAGUCAAGAUGCUAUGAUGAUCAGCCUAUUUGACGUAAUGUGUUUAGAAAAAAAAACUUAGGAAAAAUACUGAAAGAAAGUACAUCCUGGUUUUGCUUUUGAGGGGAAAAGAGAAUUGUAUCUUAUGUAGGUGUUCUGACAGAGGUAUGGUGUUAGAAGAGUACUAUGUAAGUUGGACAUUAUUAAAAUGUGCUAAUAUUUAGGUAUCUCUCCUCAAAUUCUUUGAAGUUCAUUUUCUAUGGAAAUCAAUCCAGUGAAACACUCCAUUUUUUUUUUUUUUUUUAAAGUAGUGUUUUUCCAGAUAAAUUCUAGGGACAAACAUUCACAUAGUCACGAGUAUGUAAUUCUGUAAUUGUAGAAUGCCUGUCUGUAUGCUUUGUUUGCUACAUUUUCCAUGGAGAUGUCAAUGAAUAUAAUACUCCACCUGUGAAUAUUUUAAAUGUUGAAAUAAAAAUAAAUGUGCUCUAUGUGUCAUCGCAGUUUCACAAACUUGAA